AUUCCAACAAUUUUGAAGGCAACUAUUUUGAGGAAUUCUCUGGAAGUACGUCGAGAGACUGGACACAUCGUAACACAAAGUGCAAAAAGGAAGGGUCACUUCCAGUGUUCCGGCUGCAGGCACGUCGCGAUUCCGAUCACGAGAUAAUCAAAGAAAUUAGGAGCGAAAAUAAGAUGUGUCGCAAGUAAUCUAAAGAAUAUUUACAUCCAAGUGCGCAAUUUGUGACGAUCACGAGGAAAGAAAGGUCAUGACGCGCUAUAAUUAAUUGAAAAAAUGGCUCAUCGCGGAUAGGAACGUCGAGUGUUAUGGAAAAUUUACGGGAAAUCCGAAAAGAUAAAAAAAGAAAUCUACACGUCUCAGUACUAAAUGCUGCCGGCCUCGUAAAAAUAUCGAUAACAAUCCCCGGUAUCGGCAUCACAUUCCGGUCCGUGCGGAUAUCUUUAUUCCGAGGCCGCGUGUGUGCCACCCCCGAUCCCUCGCCUUCACCCUCUACGAGAAGGGUGGCUCGCGGUGGCGCCGUGUCCGGUCAAAAUGGGAACGACACAGCUUGCGCCGGAACCGCGCAGAUCCUCCUCAGUAGUUGCCCAGACGCUGUCACGGGCGUAGCUGGAUGCUGGGUCGUCUCUCUCUCUCGCGCGCGCGCGUGCCGCAGGGAGGCGCUUCCUUUUCUUCUUCCUCUUCCUCCUAAUCACGUCCUCCGUCGUCGACGACGUCGCCGCUGUCGUCCUCAUCGUCGCCGCCGUCAUCGCUGUCGUCGUCAUCACCAUCGUCAUCGACGACCGGCCUCGAUCGCGGCGUCGCGUUCGUUAACACGGCUCGAUCGCCACCUCUGAGAACGAGGAGAAGACGCCGGAGAAAAGGGAGGCCGACGACAGACGCAAAGGGUUUCUCCUGCCGGCGUGACAGAGGAGGGGGAGAGAGAGAGAGAGACAAGCAGAUAGACACAGACAGAAAGAGAGAGGGAGAGAGAGAGAGAGAGAGAGAGAGAGACAGAGAGAAAGCGAGGGUGUGUGAGAGAGAGAAAAAGAAAGAGAGAGAGAGAAAGUGAGGAACGGACAGGUGGAUCGAGACGAGAAGGGGGUAGUCGGAAGGAACGAGAGAUAUAGGACGUGACAGAGACCGACCGACCGGCGGCGGCGGAGGGGAGGUGUUGCUCAAGUGUAUGGUCUGUGUAUGGUGCAGUGCGGUGCUGUGCUCGAGAGAGAGAAUGGCGUGGACGGAUUUCGACGCGUGCAUCUCGUCGUGACGUAGAAAGUCGGCUCCGAAAGUGUGGGGGUGCUAAGCCGAGGAAUGGAGGAAACGUGGCAGUGGGAGCAGCGAAAGCACUGCCAUAUCAUUCUGCUCAACUCUUUGUCGUACCUAAAGGAGAGCCCGGAACAGACUGCAGAUGAACGAAAACGGCUGCACGGCUGCUAUGGCAAGGAAAGCGACAUCCUGAAGACGAAAAGUCACGUGCCAGGUCUGUAGCGCUCGGUAAGGAAGAGAGGGACCCCCCGGGCAGUGUCGAGCACAAGAAGAGGGGGUCGUCAUGGGCCCGACAAGCCAAAUCGUACCCCACUGAGCGAUGCAAGUAGUUAGGGCCGGGGCCCUGCUAGUGAGCAUGUGGCUCACUAGAGAAUGAAGAAGCAAAACGUCCGGACCCUAUCAUUAAUCGUCUUCACGUUUACUUAUCUCCUCGUCGGUGCUGCAAUCUUCGACGUACUCGAGUCCGAGACGGAGAAAUCACGCAAAGAAGCAUUGGACGACAUUGAGAAAAAAGUCAUACGAAAAUAUAAUAUAAGCGAGGACGACUUCAAGAUCAUGGAAACAGUGGUGCUGAAGACGGAACCUCACAAGGCUGGUCAACAGUGGAAGUUCGCCGGCGCGUUUUAUUAUGCCACAACGGUCCUCACCACGAUAGGUUACGGACACUCGACGCCGAAUACCAUAAGCGGCAAACUGUUCACGAUGUUCUAUGCGAUUGUCGGUAUCCCAUUAGGACUCGUAAUGUUCCAGAGCAUAGGAGAACGCUUGAAUAAGUUCUCAUCUGUCGUGAUACGGAACGUAAAGAGGCUUCUAAACUGCAAGGACGUCCAGGCCUCGGAGAUAAAUCUCAUCUGCGUGGUGACGACUCUGUCGUGCCUGACCAUCGCCGGCGGUGCCGCCGCGUUCUCUAAAUACGAAGGGUGGACCUACUUCGAUUCCAUUUACUAUUGCUUCAUCACUCUGACGACCAUCGGCUUUGGCGACAUGGUCGCGCUGCAGAAGGACAACGCGCUAAACAAGAAGCCCGAGUACGUGAUGUUCGCCCUAAUAUUCAUCCUCUUCGGCUUGGCGAUCGUGGCGGCUUCGUUGAAUCUGUUGGUCCUGAGAUUCGUGACGAUGAACACGGAGGACGAGAGACGAGACGAAGCCGAAGCGUUACAGGCGGCUCAAGGCGCGGUGCGCCUCGAGGGCGACGUGAUAACGGCCAACGGCUCGAUACUAUCCGGUCAGAUCGGUAAUCAGGGCGAUGCGAUAUCGUUAGACGACGAGACAUCGGUGUGCAGUUGCCGUUGCAACGGCUUCCAGAGGAAACGACGGAGACCGCGCUUCACGGUCCGUCGUUCGCCCGGCAAGAUCUCGCAUCUGCUGCAGAUGCAACAGCUGUCGGCGUUGAAUGUGCACGGCGACGACGAGCUGCCCCCGCUGCCGCUCACGCCUCUCCUGCAACUGCCGCCGCUGUAUCAGCAUCGCGCGAGCAUCUGACGUUGCUCGGGCGCGAGGAGCCUGAUGCUGGACCUCGAUGAGGAUGAGCGAUAUUACCAUCACCAGUAUCAAUUGUUGCAGCCGCGGCGGGUGUCCGUCUGAGAGAGUAUUGUUUCUACUCGCCGUGCAGCCGCCACUUCAACGAAUUUUAAUCGCCGUCGCGAGACGCUAUUAUCACCGCCACGAGUUCUCCUCUCUCUCUCUCUCUCUCUCUCUCUCUCUUUCCCUCUCUCCUCUCUCGUUCUCUUUCUCUCAUUCGACCUCGCUUUUCCAUUUCCUUCUCCCAUUUCCCUUGAUUCUCGUGGAACGAGAGCGAGUUUUCGUGCAGGCAAUCGGGAUCGAUUAAAGCGGAUUGCCGGAGUUGAAGUCGAGCCGUUCAAUGUCGAACGGAGCUUCCGGAAGUAGCGACGGCGCCGAAUGCCCUUCAACUGGUGCACGGAUCUUUCCGUUCGCGAUACAUCGCCGUCGUCUGGGCCCGCUGACUUGCGGAACCACGGACGAUAUUAGAGUGCAUUCGAUCGUGAUGAAUUUUUGCGCUGCCGAGCGGGUGACGAGAAUUAAUCGCCCGUUAAUGGACACGAGGUCUUUCGUUCUGGUACUACUCGUGAAUGGCUGUGGCGUUCGUCAGUAUCGCGAAGUGCGACGUGCGACAAGAUUUUGUGCGUAUAAUAAUGACGACGUUAGACUGUAUCCGUAGUCUGUAGCUAGGUCGUUUAACUCUUUACGGCUAAAAUUAUUUUUCUCGGGAAGGAAAGAGGAAUGUUAACGAUAUUUAUAUGUCGAAGUGUCCGUCGUACGAGAUUAAUACGCAGGCUAUCGCACGUUUCUCUUUUCGUUUGGGAAUCUAUCUCGAUAAAAGUGUCAUUGUAUGUAGGAGGAGCGAUGAUUGCGCCAAAUGUGAAAACAAUUCUAUAUGAUCCUUGUAUUUUUUCUGGGAUUGUCAUACAGAGCAGAUUUCUUAGAACAUAACGAAAUGAAAAUCCUGAAUCACGUCGCAAGUACUGGUGAGAACAACGAGCCGACCGAAAGUUGCGCGUGUACACAGGGAUCGUGCGAUUGUAAGAUCUGCAGUCGAGAGAUGUGAAAAAAAAUGAAACGGCCGAACGGGAAGGACGAAAAGAAGUGAAUGCGAGGCGCGACUGUUCGAGUGAAUGUGAACGUGUGAGCGAACACGCGAGGGAGUGCGAAUGUGCGGCUGCAUGGAAGAACUGCAAAGAUGUGAGAGUGUGCGACUGCGAAUGCUAAAUUUACAUCUACGUUCACGUUCUCACACGGAAGAGAAGAGAGAGAGCGAGAGAGGGAAACAGAGAAAGAAAGAUAGAAAGAGAAUGGGAGAGAUAUAUAAAAAAGAGAUAUAUAAAUACAUACCAAAGGAGAGGUAGAGGAUAUACACAAACUGACACGGGACUUUUUCAUUAUGAAAAUACAUUUUACAAUUUGUAUAUAAUAUAAAGUAUAGAUAUACUACAACACACUUAGGUAUACGACACGAGGCGUUCUGGGAGAAAAUCUUACGGAUGUGUAUAAUACAUACUUGUAAGAUACGUCAUAUUAUUAUCAUACAAGAAAGAAAGAGAGAGAGGAGAGAGUUCACGGAUAUAUAUAUUAUAUAUAUUCGAAAUUUCGAGAUUUUCCAUAUAUUAUUCAUUUAAGUACACAGACCAGAGAUUGUCGCGAAGGUGGCCAUAGCUACAUAGAUCUGUAGACUCUAGCUGCCGUAGGUUUCUUCAACCAGAAGCGCUCGGCCAAUCGUAACACGAAAUUACAGAGGUAGAUUACACGAGAGAGGAAUAUCGACGAAUUCAUUCCCCCCGAAUUGAUCGUUUACAGUUUACCUACGAAGAGUCAAUCCAUCGAAGAGCACGAAGUACGUAUUCCGGUAGAUGCGUUAUCAUAAUAUAGGUGAACACACGAGUGGAACAAUUCUCUUGCCUUUUAUCGAAAAGUAGAACCUAUUCGGAUAUUUUUAAGACGUAUACUGGAUUGCACAUUGUACGAGUAGCAUAAGUAGAAGGACGUUUACUUUAUCCAGUCGGUCGUCUCUCCGCGAGAGGGGAAACAGGUCGGCGGGUACGGCGGCUCUCCCGUAAAAAUGCCUCGCUAUCCAAAUCGCACGGAUUUACGCUUUCCAAUUGCGACAUAAUCGGCAUUUCAAAAAGAAAGGGAAAAAAAGAAGAAACAAACACAACUCGCGUCUGUAGAUCGAAUAUCGACAAUUCCGAAUACAUAAAUCUAUUGACGUUCAUCACGACCAAGUGUAAUUUAUAUAAGAUUACGACGCAUGUGAUCGACAGAUUUAAGAAAUCGCGAUCCGACUUCUCGGCAUUGCCGAGACUGCUAAUCAGCGCGUCGAGAUAUCCGUACACACCGUACGCUCGGAAAUUCAAACGUGAAACUAUAUUACCCCGCGAUAGGAAGUGUGAUUACGGGCGAAAUGGCCGCACUUGUCGACCGUUUUAUUAGUUACGCCGUUUCACUUCCGAAUACCCUAUUCUACGAGGAAACAAAAAAAAAAAGAAGAAAGACGAUAAGAGAACCGCUAGAACUUACUCCCGUUCAUUACCAUUAAUUACGGCGGACAGAAGCAAGUGAAUUAUAACUCUGUAAUAUAUUAUAUAGGUAGUAUUAAAUGACGAUCGCGCGUGAAAGAUCGUGAAGAAUUUUUAUGAGACGACACACACGAGGAGGGCAACAAUAGAAGAUAAAUCUAACGAGAAACGAAAACUAGGUGAACACACAGCGUAAUUAGCCAUGCAUCUGAUAUUAAUCGAUAGUUGAUGUAACUUUUCAUUUAAUUCGCCCCCUAUUCUGUCCCAUCUUCCCCCUCCACCUCUUGACGCAUCAUUUGGACUCGUUUACGCUAAAUAACAGUAACGAUUACAAAGCCUUCUCGGAACAACAACAACAACAACAACAAGUAGAUAUUUUACAACUUGGGACGAUCAGCGUUUUCCCCAUUUGUUCUUAUAAAUUCGUAGUUAAUUAUAUCGAACUUUGCUAGUCUUCACGUAACGUAAUAAAAUUUUGAAUAAUCGGAUAUACAAUUUUUUUAAUUCUCAGGUGAACACUAUAGCGUCUUAAGAUAAUACAAGAAUUAUAUACACUUUCAUAUAAUAUUUUGUAUUUAUUGUAACAUUCGAUAAAGAAAAAAAAAAAGUAAUUGAGCUUGUAUAAUAUCGAAGCUAUAGAGUUAGCUGGACAAAAGACAACUUCUCGUUUACUUUCGAUCUCAAUUAUUAAAUUAGACGACGUGAAAAACUGCUAUCGUCAGGGUACAGAGCGUAACUUAAUUUAAGGGAUGAAAAGAAUGUGAUUUGAUUUGUGAUAUUCUGUAUUUGCGUAAUCGAUAAUCUAUUGUCUCGUGAUAACUCGCGAGGUUAUGUCUUUUGCUUGUACUGUUGAAGGUGUCCGUUUCAAAUUUCACAUCCGAAGGAACAUGAUUUCUCCCGUUAAUAACAUUACAGCGUCAUAAUUUUCUUACGUACAUUUUGAUUGCCGUUAUUUGUAUUAAUUUGAUACAAAAAAAAGAACAAACAAAAGUAUGAAGAUGCUAAUAAAAGAUAUUGAAAAGUUGACAAUUGUUAUUGUAAGUCGAACGACUAAUAAUAGCAACGUAGUGACAUGGCGAGUAGCUCGUGGAUUUGCAGGAUAGCACGUUGCUGUAACUUUCCUAUUUUCACGAGGAGACCGAAUCGAUCGAUCGAUCGCACCGUGCUAAGAAUGAGACCGGGACAUAAUUUCACGCAUUACUGUAGUAUAAAUGGCCAUAAAAGAAAAAAAAAAGUGAAAAUAUGAAGUUUCUAUUGAUAAUAAUUGUAAAUUGUGAAAAGCGUGGCGCUGUUUGCCACGAGAGAUUUUUUAUUAAUUGUAUAAUAUUAUAUAUUGUAAUAUAUAAAGCAGUUCUGUCUAAGUAUUCGAGGGACGGUUUGCUUCGCAUCUAAUUUGGCAAUCUCCAACGCCGUUUAGCGACACGAUAAUCGGCGAAUCACGGACGGAAUUCAAACGAUCGACGGGUGUUCUGCUAGAUCGCCACACCAACGUAAUUCCCGAGGAUAGCCCACUUGUAACAUAAUCCCUACAUAGCCUGAGUCCACGUUUUAUUCAUCGGUAUUCGCGGAUCACGGGCGCGCGUUGCGCAAGGUAAAAUGGUGAUUGGAACGUUGUCGAAGUAGAUCGAAACAUAACGCGACAUCCCCAUUACGUGGAAUAAUUGUACGAUAUAGAGUGAGACAUACGCUUCGUUCGAAUUGCUAGAGGAUUACGUUCACUUCCGAAACCUCUCCCACUUGAUGUUUUUUGUCGUUCAGCUUCCUAAACGAAUCUCAUCGAUACAGCGUGUCAGCGUGAAGUGUAUAUUAGAUAUGCUAAAACUAUCAACGAUUUUACGACCAAUGCUAGAUUAGUUAAUCCCAACGUCGACGAUAUAAGAGAUCAUUUCAAGACUAUAGUCUAGUUAAUUAGAACGUGAUAAGAUAAUGUCUGAAAGAUUCUUGCAUACACUGUGCGUACUUCCUUCCAUAUAGCGCGGAAAGGUUGCCGAAAUAUUGCGAGGACAUUUCAUCACGAUGUAAAUUGUAAUAAAAUGUUACAAGUGCGUUCUGUGCGGAUCGUUUCACGACCAAUGUUCUUAGUCUCGGUGGUAACCAAAGCGGGAUCACACACGAUCGCUCAUACAAUUGUGGCAGGAACAAUUGCACAGACACACACAUAUAUACACAUUCAUAUACAUCCAUACAUACACGCACGGACACACACACACACACACACACACACACGUGAGACAUCCUUUCGUUCCAAAUGAGUGCAAGAAUGUUUGCUUUGGACAUGACACUUAUUCGAUCGGUUCUAUUAGGUAGACUACGGUCUUUAGUUAGAAUUGGGUUUGAAAAUUUUUGAAACGAUACAUCAGCGGCCUUCCAAAAGUUUCAGGAUAUCUAAAAUUAAAAGGACGUCUCGUGCAAAAGAGAAAAAGCGCUAAUAGAGAUAUAUAUUAUAUAUAUAUAUAUAUAUAUAUAUAUAUAUAUAUAUAUAUAUAUAUAUAUAUAUAUAU